GAAGCAAUCUAAUCUCAACUCAGACAUGGGCAUCCAUCCAAACGUAUGGGCCUGGCGAUACCAUCACCAUCAUGAUGUUGAAGAUAAUGGCAGCGGAACAUUCGGAACCGGGAAUUUUGGAAAAUUUCGGCCACGUUUCUCUCUCUGUUUUGCUGAGCUGAUAGGGCGUGCCGUAAAGGUGGGAAUAUAUACAUAUAAAGAAGCAAGGGCAUUGCAGAUGGCAACAGCUUCUUCGGCAUCGUUAUUCCAAGCUGCUCGAUAUGGAUAUUCUCCUUCUCCAAGAUUUAGUAAUAAUUGUCAUUAUAGUGUAAGAAAUGGAGGUGUAGCUGUAGGUGUAGGUUCUUCUUCUUCCGCUUCUUCUCCUUCUUCUUCCGCCCACCACGGAUUCAACUUCUCUUCUUCUGGUGUAAAUAAUAACUGGAAACCCCAAGGCAUUAAAUCUCAAGCUACGAAUACUGCCACUAAAGGAAGAUUUUCAUCAUCCAGCGGCGCAAUGAAUGGGAAAAGUGAACCUGAUCAUCUUCUUGUUCUCGUACAUGGCAUUUUGGCUAGUCCAAGUGACUGGACAUACGUGGAAGCAGAGUUAAAAAGGCGUUUGGGAAAAAACUUUCUAAUUUAUGCAAGUUCGUGUAACACCUACACUAAAACAUUCUCUGGGAUUGAUGGAGCAGGAAAGCGACUUGCAGAUGAAGUUAUGCGAGUUGUACAGAAGAGAGAGAGCCUGAAAAGGAUUUCCUUUUUAGCCCAUUCUCUAGGUGGCUUGUUUGCAAGACAUGCUAUUUCUGUGCUUUAUUCAGAAAUUGCUGUAAAUACUGGCCAAUCCAUUGAUGUGGCUGCUGAUACUUCGCUGCCUAAUUCAAAUACAACUUGUUCCUCAAGACGAGGUAUGAUUGCCGGGUUGGAACCAAUUAAUUUUAUUACCCUGGCAACUCCACAUCUUGGGGUGAGAGGCAGAAAGCAGCUUCCAUUUCUCUUGGGUAUUCCCAUCUUAGAGAAACUUGCUCUUCCAAUAGCUCCUAUUAUUGUGGGUAGAACUGGCAGUCAACUGUUUCUCACUGAUGGUAAACCUAACAAACCAUCUCUUCUUCUGAGAAUGACAUCAGACUCUGAAGAUGGGAAGUUUUUAUCUGCUCUUGGUGCAUUUAGAUGUCGUAUUCUUUAUGCAAAUGUAUCUUAUGAUCAUAUGGUUGGUUGGCGUACAUCCUCCAUAAGGAGAGAGAUGGAACUUGUCACGCCCCCUAUGCGAUCUUUGGAUGGUUACAAGCACGUUGUAGAUGUUGAAUAUUGUCCCCCAGUUUCUUCUGACGGCCCCCAUUUUCCUCCAGAAGCUGCCAAAGCAAAGGAGGCAGCACAGAACGAGCCCAGCAUGAAAAAUACAGCAGAGUACCAUGAACUCAUGGAAGAGGAAAUGAUAAGUGGCUUGCAGAGGUUGGGAUGGAAAAAAGUUGAUGUCAGCUUUCACUCAGCAUUCUGGCCCUUCUUUGCUCAUAACAACAUACAUGUGAAAAAUGAAUGGUUUCAUAAUGCUGGCACUGGGGUGAUCUCUCAUGUUGCAGACAGCCUAAAGCAACAAGAAUCCGCCAUGUAUAUUGCUGCUAGCUUGUAGCUCUCAAGUACUACAAGGUAGGGCACUUGUUCAAAGAUGUAAAAUAAUUGAAUUGAUGAUGAAAUAUAAAAAAACUGCUUCUCCAUAA